UGCACGGCAAACCCGCAUCGAUGUCAUUUCACUUCGAAUUCGAACGUCGCAAUGAACAACGCUGCUUGCAUCGUCAAAGACAACACAGCAUCGACCAACGAAGAAUCAAUCAACCAAAGAGCUGCUUAUAUCUUUCUGCUUGCUCCUCACAGACUUGCCAUUGUUGUUUUUGAGUAGCGAGUGAGAAAGGAGCGUCGAAAAUGUCAGAGAUUUGGAUGACUUCGGGCAGACGACGCCUUCGAUACAAAGAGGGCGAAUCGAUCGCCCAACGAGCAAAGGCUCGAGCUGCCUUCAUGGGAUACAUUCCAAAGAAACGAAAUCGUGCAGGGAAAGGAAGCAAGAACAUUCAACGCAAUCAUCCAAGGUUUACCAAGCGAACAUCAUUUGAGGCUUUGGGUAGUAGCUGGUCGUGUCCUCUCGCAAGACGCGGCAUUGUUGCGGCAGGAGAACCACAGCGAACAGACCGAGAAUCGAACGGACUCCAGGACAACGCGACAUCGGGGUCGAAAGACGCAACUGCUGUACAGCCUCCUCGAAAAAGAAUACGGGAUGCCAACGCUUCAAAUCAUUUCUUCCCAAACAAUGUCCCUAAAAAGCCCGUGCCACCUCCGAUGAGACAGUACCCUCGUCCGAUGCAUCAGCAGACUGGCCGUGUGGUGCCAAAAGUCCAACGACCUCAAAUUCCUGCAAACCCCUCGUUCCGACCACCUCCGCAGGGUCCACCCCGAACUAGCCUUCAUCGGUCACAGCCUCAACCACCAGGACCAUACUUUCAGCAGCCGCAGCACCACUAUCGGCAAGAAGUCUCAUAUCCAUCUGAGCCCUCACAAGAGCGAAAUUCCAUCGGCCACCUCUUUGAUGACGACUCAACUCUCCCAACUGAUCAAUCCUACCAGCCCACUGAAUUCUAUGAUCAAGAAUACCACCAUUACCCACAAGACACGUUGCCUCGCGGUACAAAUUGGUCACAUCAGCCGUCUCAAUCUGACUUUAAUGAUCGCCCGCCGCAUCGUGCUCCUGAGCCGGCACCAUGGUACGAUGAAAACUGCUUCGAUCAACAACCAUGGUCUCCAACUGAACCCUAUGAGACGUUACUAGACUCAAUCCAUAGCCUCGGAGGACAGCAAUCGUAUCAUCCCGAAGUGCAGUUUCCAGCUGAGCCUCAAGAGUAUCUGCCGAGUGGACAUUUGGAAGCUCCCAAUAUUCACGGCUACGGCUACAAUGAACAGAGAGGCGGUUUCUUCGAAGAGAACGAUACGAAUGACCACUUCGAGCAUCAUGAUAACCAGUACCACGACGAGGACGUUCAUCAACAAGAGCACACACAGCCCUUGCUGCCGCCACAGGCACCAAGUGGUUUCUUUCGAGAAGGGCCGGGCACAGUAGAAUUCACAGGACCAGCAACGCUUAGAACGAACCAUCAAGCACACUUUGCAAUCAGUGUGACCCCCGCCUCUCAGUCCACGUUUCAUCAAGCAGGUUUUGACCAACUUCCUGAACGAUCUACCCGUCGUUCAGACCCGUUGAGCACAGCCCGUCAGUCCUUCCACAGCAGUACCGGGCCAACGCAAGCACAAGGACAUCAACGUCAGGCGGGACAGUCAAAUGAAGGAUGCGAGCACGACAGCUAUUUUGGGCUUGGGCAGACUAGAGCACCAGGCGGCUGGCUGGGGAACGGAGAUGUUCGACAACACCACGUGCCGACGCAAGAUUGUUUUUCGGAAUCCCAUCAGUGUGAUGACGAGACCCCCCGGGUUCCCCCCAACGAUGUACCCUUCGGUGUGAUCACUACCGUUACGACUCCAGGGGGAGGCCCGGCCAUGAGCGCCAUGACUGAAGGAAGCGAGUUCGCCGCUUGUGUUAUUCCAGGGCACGCUGGGAACGACAGUUUUCAUGAGUCGUCUGGUUACGCUGGUGACGUAUCAAAUGAGAACAACGGCAUCGAUGAUGCUAAUUUCUGACAACCAAGACCAAGGGGAACAAGACACUAAAGCGGGAGACCUUCUAUUGCGUGCCGGUAUCUGUACAAGUCACCGUAUUCUGUUGCAUGUAGUGUAGAUCUUGACAAGUCUCAUAGCUCUUACAUGUUACUAAACAACUAAGUUCGUUUGCAACAUCCUUACUACCCUACU